UUAAUCUAAUACGUUUGAUCAUCUUCACAGGUUGAAUACACAUGCGGUGAUUGAGCCAUUUGUGAUUGCAACAAACAGGCAACUAAGUGUGCUUCACCCUAUUCAUAAGCUUCUAUAUCCUCAUUUCCGGGACACAAUGAAUAUUAAUGCUAUGGCAAGACAGAUCCUAAUCAAUGCUGGUGGAGUUCUUGAGAGUACAGUUUUUCCAUCCAAAUUUGCCAUGGAAAUGUCAGCUGUGGUUUACAAAGAUUGGGUUUUCCCUGAUCAAGCCCUUCCGGCUGAUCUUGUUAAGAGGGGAGUAGCAGUUGAGGACUCGAGUUCUCCUCAUGGUGUUCGUUUACUGAUAGAGGACUAUCCAUACGCAGUUGAUGGCUUAGAAAUAUGGUCU